GCACAGAGUGAAAAGACUCCCCACUCAGGCUCUCUCUGCUGGUGAGAGGGUUAACAUCUCUGCAGACUUAUCUGUCGGUUCUAUUUGGUCUAGUUUUGGUUUUUAUGGGAUUACAGAAUGCUUCAGCCUUCAGUGGAGUUUUAAAAUCAAAAUAUGGAGAUUUUUUGCAUGGGGUUUUUGUGACUGACGCUUAAAUAUUUCCCAUACGACAGUGCUGCUUAUGAUCUAUGACUGUGGGGGAUGCACUGUGAAACAAAUGUUUUUUUGGGAGACUUAACCAGUUCCAACUGAUCAACAAACCAAUCAAUAAGCAGUAUCAGUAAGGAUGUUUCAGGUCUGUAAAUCGUACUAUUUUGUGCUGUUUUUGGCUGCUGUCUGGAGUGUAGUUACUGCUCGGCCAGGAAUCAGUCAAACCAAGCCCGAGUAUCUGGACCCCAACAUAAGGGACUGGGGAGACUAUUCCGACCUUGUUCCAGGAGUUGAACAGGGACUGGGGCUGGAUGGAGACGCAGAACACGGAGACACAAGGGGAGGUGGAGAGGUUACAACCAGUCUGGCAUCAGAGCUGGAUUUCCUGGCUGAGUUUGCAGGGAAAAAGCGUCUGUGGGUAAUAACAGCCCCUUCACAUAAUGACAACUACCUUCGUAUGAUGGAAAAACAGCUGGAAGACAUGGAGCAGGAUGGACUGAACUGUCGCCUUGCAGAGAGGGACACCUUCAUCAUCACCAUCAUCCAGAAUGCCAUGAUGGAGGGUCGGAUCCAGAAGACAACUUUCCAGGGUGAAGCCACAGUUGAGAGCCUGGACCCUGACACAGUUACCAAACUGCUGCACUACCUGGACCUCACCAGCCAGGACCAGGGGUUCACCAUGCUGGUUCUGAAGAAGAACCUGCGGGUCAGUGAGCGAUUCCCUUAUCCGGUUCGACUUGAGGCUAUUUUAGAGCUCAUUGAUCAAUUCCCCAUGAGAAAACUGGAGAAGAUUACUAGGAAAGGAUCCAAUUUCAGGUGUAAAACUACUAAAAAGAAGGUUGUGGUGAGGAAAAAGAUGAGGAAGAAGAUACUAUUGAGCCCUCAGAGGCGAGGGAAUGUGACUUCUGUGGUGUCAUUACAAAGAAAACCUCUGCUGGACAAAAAAGCUGCCCUGAAGAGUAAAAUCCAGGAUAUUCUGAAUGGACGGUCACGGUUUGUUAUUCGUAAAGUGCCUGGUGCAGGAUCCACACAGGGGAAGGACACCAGCAGAGGUCAGGACACACCAAAUGGACAGGACAAAGAACAGACAGACAGUCCUCCGUCUGUGUCUAGAACCAAUGAGGAAGUGACGACUGGCAGGGUGGAUUCAGUGAUGGAAGAAGACCAGAAAAGAAGUGGAGAGAAAAAAAAUGAGGUUAAAAGCGAACCAACUGCAAAGGAUGACAAAAAAGAAAAAAAGAAAAAGGGCAAAGGCAAAGGAAAGAAGGGAAAGGGAAGAGGGAAGAAGUCCAACAGAGAUGCAAGUGAAAAGGAUAAAGCAGCCCUGAAGGAGUUUUUAGAGAGUUUAAAGGGGUCAAGAAGGUUAAUGCUCAUCUCAACACCCAGCCAAGAUGGCAAACUGUACAUUCAGCAAAAAGAGGAGAAUGAGAAGCUGCACUGUGACCUUGCCAUCAGGAAGAUCACCUUGGCAACUAUUGUGGGUGAAGGCAGUGACGCCACACUCACAGUGCAACACCACCAGCUUGGGUCAGAGCCUCCUCUCAGUAAUCCUCCAGAGCAGUUCUCAGAUCCAGGUCUGAUUUCUCUGUUGAGAUCAGAGCUUGGGCUCUCGUCCCCUGACCUCUUCUCCAUGACUGUCACCGACUACGACAUUACCCCUGAUAGAGUCUUUGAGGCUCCUCCUUCAAGCCCUGCUCUGUUUGAGUACAUUGAUAACUUUCCAUCCAGACGUCCAGAAAAAGAGAAAGAAAGGAAAAGUCCACCAGACUGCUCCAAAGAUGCACAACAGCCUGGAACUGAGAAUUCACUGCUCAGGUUCAUGUCAAAGAGGAGGCUGCUGCUCAUCUCUGCUCCCUCUGAGGAUGACUACUCCUUCCAGCAGCAGCUCUCUGCUCUCAGUGGACAGGACUGUCAGUUAGGCAUCCGCCACUUUGCCAUGUUGAAGCUGACUGGAGUUGGAGACACAGCCUCAGGAACUGUCCAACUGUUUCCUCUGAAUGGUCGUAGCCAGAGUGAAAUAGAGCCUUUACCAAGAGACACAGUCAACAAUCUGAGAGACCAGCUGAAGAUCAGUAAGGACUAUUUCAGCAUGCUGGUGGUGGGGAAGGACAGUGAUGUCAAGGCAUGGUUUCCAUCACCCAUGUGGUCCUUGGAUAAUAUCUACGACCUGGUGGACUCCAUGGAGCUGCGGCUGCAGGAGGAGAACCUGCAGAGGAGACUGGGAAUCCACUGCCCUGAUGACAGAGGAAGAGGAGGCAGCGAAGGGGGACAUUAUCAUGGCUUUGAUGGAGAAGGGGCAGAGGAGGGUUAUUUCUAUCAUCAGCCAGAGGAAUGAGAAGGAGAAGACAGAGAGGAGGGCAAAAGAAGUAUAGAGAUUCCUUAAAUUCUUUACGAGAAAUGCAGGUGAAGUAGAAAAAUAUGAAUACUUGGAUUACACAUGAGCAGUCGAAUCAACAAAAACCUCAAGAGCUCAUCUGUAGGACUCACAGCAUUCAGUUUAUGAAAUCUAAAUCGAAAGCAUCUGCUAGAUACUUGUAUAUUGUACUGGAUGUUUCAUGUUUAUAUGCAAUAAAGUUGAAAAGUG